CAAUAAAAGCCAUCAUUGAAAUGUAUAAGGCAAUGUAGUUAAUCUAGGCUGUGUAAAAUAACAGACAAGAAUAACAUUGGAACGGACAUUAAACAUAAAGGGCCAGUUUCACAAAAAAUUGUCCUAGACUAGCUUUAAUCCGUCUGCGAAACCGGCACAAAAUAUACAGACCAGAUUAACUAUAUUGCUUUAUAUAUUUCAAUGAUGGCUUUUAAUUUAAAAAAGCGCUGCUAGCAUAAUAUCCCGCUUUUGAGCUGUUUGGUAUUAUACUAGCAUAUUAUCCUGCUGCUAGAAGAACGAUAAUGAAGCCUCGAAUGGCCAUCACUACCGAACAGAGCUCAUCAGCGGGAGCAGGUGCAAUCAUUUAGUCUCCCUUAACCCACCCAUGACAUUAUAUUCAGUAAUGACCUGGGUGCAAUUCAGGCUUACCUGUCUUGCUCAAAGACAGAACGACAUGGUUAUAUAUCGUUUGGGCUGGGUCCAGCCACCCCGGUCUCUAAACAAUAAGGUGAAGUGCUACUAGUUUGCAACAACUGAGCGCAACUGCGUGCCGGGCAUAACGUCACCUAAGUAACAGUAGCCCACUCGAAAGGCAGACACAACACUCCAAACGAAAGUAGCCUAUAAUUUUUUUACUGUUUAUUCUGCAAAAAUGAAUGAGUGUGGUUCUAUGAGCAAGCGAAUGUCUGUUUCUAAAAACUCAACAUCAAUAAAGAGAAUUUCAUUUAAUGUACCGAGACCUAAAAGUGCUUUUAUUUCCGGAGACAACGACUACAACAGUAAAAGGAUACUAAAAAGGGAUAUUUUGCGCGACCCAUCUACAAAUGUUACGUUUAGUCUAAGCGUCAGGCUGUGGGAAAUCGGAGAGAAGUUCGUUGUGCACGACUGUCACCACAACAUGAGAAUCAGAGAGCUAAAAAAUGCAAUGGAAAUAGUGGUUGGGAUUCCCACAGACUUUCAGAGAGUAUGCUACCUGGACAAAGGCGACUUACAGGAUGAGACCACUUUUCACUAUAAUGACAUCAUUCCUGGAACUGCCGUUUCCCUGAUGAUUUGGCCUUACAAUGGAUGGGCGGAGCUUGUGAUAGCUGCAGCUACUGGGGACAUAUUCCAGCUGAAGCGUGUGAUGUCCAAACCGGAACCGCCAUGUUCCUGUCAUCCAAGGCCUAAGGAUUCUGUGAGCGGACCUUCCACCUGGCUAUCUCACCGUCUCUUCUCAGCUCUGUUCAUCUGUGCCCACCGAGGGCAUCUGCCCGCUGUUCGCUUCCUGCUCCAAUGUGGUAGACUUGCCCAACACCGCAGGGGCACCCCCCUCCCCCCCGUUCUUUGUGAAAUAUUACUUAAUGCUAAUUCGGUUUUUGCCGUUCAAAAAUGCCUCGUGAACCUCAAAUUAACACACACCAUCAGGUCUGAAAGUUUUCCGGUAAACCGGCGAUGCAUACUAUCAGACAGGCUUUUUUAUGUUUUUUACGUCUUCUACUGUACGCCAGGUUACCAUUCGGCCAACAAAAGCCAUCCUGUUCUCUCCACAGGGGCUGAUGUGAAGGGACAGACGCCCCUGGGGCGUGGAGCCCUCCAUGUGGCUGCCGCCCAGGGCCAAGUGCAGACCGUCCUGGAGCUGCUGGAGCAGGGCAGCCCUGUUAACAUGGAAGACGCCGAUGGCCUGACGGCCCUGCGCACCGCUGUGCACUUUCACCAGAAGAAGAGCGCCCGGCAACUCUUCCUCUUCCACUGGCAGGAGCGGGCGAAGGGCGUUCGCCUGAAGCCUCGCCUGGACGAGGCGGAGCUCUUUGCCCACCAGAAACGCGAUUCGCGGCUGCGCGCCUGGUACCAGGGCGUCCACGCACAGAAAUACAUGGCCCACCCGGGGACCUGCAGCCGGGGGGAGGGAGGCAACGCCGGACCAAGGAAGCCGGCUCCACCGCGGAACGCAGUGGUGGGGGCACAGGCAAGGAGUGCAUGGAUGGGGCAUGGACUCCAUGUGUAAUUUUACGAACAUUCAAAAGCCUAGCUUUGGCACAACGAGUAACUUUAGAAAUGUAGACAAACACGCUUUUUAAAAACGUUAUUGUAUGUUAUACCUUGAAUGUAUUUCAUCUCAGAUCUGAAUUGGUUUUUCAACGUGCUUCUCAAACCCGGCGCCGUUUCUCUCCUGAAUCGUCUGAGGUUUUACAGCAAUUUACUGUUGCCCUGAUUGGCAGUAAUUUAAGUAACCAUGGAAUCAUUGUAACAGGUGAAGGUGUAGGUUGGGGGUUGGGGGUUGGGUUACCCCUUAGGAUGUUCCUGAGUCGACCGGUAGAAGAAUGAGUACAGAGAAUCUAUAACCUGCGUGAUAAUUUAAUUUCUAUUUCCAUAUUGUUUGUAAACAUGCCCAAUCAGAAAUGACCACGAUAUGUCGGCGGUUCUUAGUAAAGGUAGCUACUACAUUUAAGUAAAGGUAGCUACUACAUUUAAGUAAAGGUAGCUACUACAUUUAAGUAAAGGUAGCUACUACAUUUAAGUAAAGGUAGCUACUACAUUUAAGUAAAGGUAGCUACUACAUUUAAGUAAAGGUAGCCAGCCAAGCAUUUAAAGGGUCAUGUGUCUCACGGCCUACGUCAACCUCAAUGCUCAUCAGUCAAGCACAGAAGACGUGAUCGUGUAGCAACCCGUAACUCAAAGAUGACCAGUCUGGUCACUUCGAUUUACGUUUAUGUGCUUAUAUCAGUUAUCAUAAGCGUCCAUAAGGUGUAGGUGGUUUAAAACAAGAAGAAAGUAGUAAACAAUAUAUGACAUCUCCACAUUUCAGGUGUCUGAUUUAUUGCUUUGACCAUCAACCUUUUGAGUCCUAUGACCAUGAGCUAAAUAUAGAUUAAUUUAUUUAUAACCAUACGGUUAAUUUCCGGACUAGUUAAUUUUAGAAUAGAGGAGGUCAUUCAGGGUUUAUAACCUUCUCACCAUGUAAGAUGUUUAAGGAGAAUUAUGUAUUAAAACUGUCUUAUUGUGUGUGUGUUGACUAAGGGAGGUUUCCUCAGGGAAAGGUGGCCUUUGACUAAGGGAGGUUUCCUCAGGGAAAGGGGGUCUUUGACUAAUGGAGGUUUCCUCAGGGAAAGGGGGCCUUUGACUAAAGGAGGUUUCCUCAGGGAAAGGGGGUCUUUGACUAAGGGAGGUUUCCUCAGGGAAAGGGGGCCUUUGACUAAGGGAGGUUUCCUCAGGGAAAGGUGGUCUUUGACUAAGGAAGGUUCCCUCAGGGAAAGGUGGUCUUUGACUAAGGGAGGGUUCCUCAGGGAAAGGUGGCCUUUGACUAAGGGAGGUUUCCUCAGAGAAAGGGGGCCUUUGACUAAGGGAGGUUUCCUCAGGGAAAGGGGGCCUUUGACUAAGGGAGGUUUCCUCAGGGGGGAAAGGGGGCCUUUGACUAAGGGAGGUUUCCUCAGGGAAAGGGGGCCUUUGACUAAGGGAGGUUUCCUCGGGGAAAGGGGGCCUUUGACUAAGGGAGGUUUCCUCAGGGAAAGGGGGCCUUUGACUAAGGGAGGUUUCCUCAGGGGGGAAAGGUGGCCUUUGACUAAGGGAGGUUUCCUCAGGGGGGAAAGGGGGCCUUUGACUAAGGAAGGUUUCCUUGGGGAAAGGGGGCCUUUGACUAAGGGAGGUUUCCUCGGGGAAAGGGGGCCUUUGUCCUCUCCCUCAUUCCUCGGAAGGGAGGUUUUUAUGUUUUAAUAGCCUCACGAUGUAAGAUGUCUUUUUAUGUAUUAAAAUGGUCUUAUUGUGCAUAUGUUAAAAAAGGUGUUUGUGUGUGCGUUGACUAUGAAGGGGUUCCCCUCAGGGAAAGGGAUGGUUGUUGAGUCAUAUGAACAAGCUUCCUCUCUCACACUAGGAAGAGACAAAGCAGGGCAUGACUUUGGAAUUGAAAGGCCAUAUGGCUUUUUAUUAACAUUUUUAUAUUGACAGUGAACGUGCAUACCAGAAAAGAAAAUGUAUUGUAAUUUUCAUAUUGACUGAAAUAUUGCAGGCAAAAGUGGAAAAGGAAAAUGCGAAGUGGGAUUUCAUUAACAUUUGAACUAAGUUAACUACAUGCUUCCCUACCGCAGAUGAUGAGAUCCCCAAACUCUUUGCAAUUAGACGUAGACAAUUUUUAUUCUUAAAUUGUUGCACUAUUUGCCUGCACAGUCUUUCAGAGGGGUGAAUCCCCCCACCCAUCUUUACUUUUGAAAGACUCAUCCUCU